AAACAAUAUCCCUCACGGGCAAGUUCUCUGGAAAAGGAACUGUCCACGAGAACCGCACUUUGACAUCAUGUCCCGAUAGCUCGCCACCUCCACCCUGACACCGUCGAGUUUGCCUCGACGCCAGCCGACGCACCAUGUCACCACCCUCUCCUGGCUUCUCCGAAAUCCAGAAGCCGCUUCACUCCCCGGGUAGAGAUUCUCUCGAACUUGCCUCUCUGGCCGACUCCGAGCACGAUGAGCUGCCCACGUCCGAGGAGUCCUCGCGUUCCGGCAUUUCCUCCUCCCGACGACUCUCCCUCGAGAAUGAGGAUCCUUUGGACAGUGCCAACCCACUAUCGGCUCGCAGCAACGCUCAUGGGCGCUCCUACUCCGUCUCAUCCGCCUUUGACUUCACCCCUGCGCUGUUUCCGCUCUCUUCGACUGCAGGAGGAGGAUACACCGCGCUGGGGAAUCCGUCAGCCGUGUCGCUGUCUCUCGAAAGACGUGGGGCGUUACAAAACCUGGAAAAGAACAAAACUUUGACUUACCUCAAUGGGCUCUCGCUAGUGGUCGGAUUGAUCAUAGGCUCUGGGAUAUUUUCUUCGCCAGCACAAGUAAAUUCACAUGUGGGGUCUCCGGGCGCAGCGCUGCUGGUGUGGACAAUUUCUGGCCUGCUGGCAUGGACAGGCGCAGCGUCGUACGCCGAACUUGGGGGUGCUAUACCACUCAAUGGAGGUGCGCAGGUCUAUCUAGCUAAGAUCUUUGGCGAGGUGGUGGGAUUUUUGUUCACUUGGUCAGCUAUCCUCGUCCUCAAACCCGGCGGAGCGGCCAUCAUCGCCAUCAUAUUCGGCGAAUAUGUUGUCCGAGCAGCAAUUGGCGCAGAAGUCGAAGAUGUCAAUCCGUGGAUCAACAAAAUCCCCGCCCUGGCAGCCCUGGCGCUGGUCACCCUCUUCAACUGUGUUUCGACGCGUUUCGCUGCCCGUUUGGGGGAUCUAUUCAUGUUCUUCAAAUUCGUUGCACUCGUGGCAGUCACCAUCAUCGGCAUCAUUGUAGCAGUGACCGGCCUCUCUUUCAACGGCCCUGCCAACAAGGACUGGCGCGACCACAACUGGUUUGAAAACACGUCGACCGACAUUUCCAGUUGGGCCGUGGCACUGUACGCAGGGCUCUGGGCGUUUGACGGGUGGGAUAACACGAACUACGUUACUGGCGAGUUUAAAAACCCAGCACGCGAUCUUCCCAGAGUACUCCAUACAGCCAUGCCUGCUGUCAUCGUAUGCUAUCUCCUUGCCAAUGUUGCAUACAUCUUCGUCCUGCCUCUGGAGACAAUCAACAAAUCCAACACUGUUGCUGUGCAGUUUGGAAGCAAGGUCUUUGGUCCCAUCGGGGCGCUCAUCCUGGCGCUGAUCGUGGGCGCAUCCUGCUUCGGGGCAUUGAACGCCACAACCUUCACGUCUGGCCGCUUGGUCUAUGUGGCUGGACGAGAAGGAUACCUCCCUGCUAUGUUCGGGAAGAUUGGAUUGGGGUCCUCCUCUGGUCCCGAGACGCCGGUGUCGUUGACCAAAACCCGCAAAAGAUCAUGGCUCUCGAAAAGCCUUGCUCGCAUAUUCGGAGAUGAAUCCAUCGGCCUGGGAUAUACGCCGGUCAACGCCAUGCUGCUGAAUAUGCUCCUCUGUAUGAUAUACAUUAUUCUCGGCGAGUUCAAAACACUCCUUACAUUCUACGGCGUCGCUGGAUACACCUUCUACUUUCUGACCGUCCUCGGCCUCAUCGUUCUGCGGAUACGCGAGCCCCGAUUGGAAAGACCAUAUCGCACAUUCAUCACUACGCCCAUCAUCUUCUGCUGCGUGUCUUUGUUCCUGGUCAGUCGGGCUGUUGUGGCGCAGCCCGUGCAGACGGUAAUUGUCAUUGUAUUUGUGGUCAGCGGUUUACCUGUGUACUAUUGGCGGGUGGCGAGGAGAGAAGAGUCGGGAAGGCAAGGACACCGGGGCAUGGGCAAAAGGGAAGGACGGUUCUGGCGGAGAUGGGGUCGAUCGUGAUUUCUUGCUGCGAUGGACCAGGCAACAUUGCUUCUUGGUUUUGACCACCAUUGUUACAACAAGAUUGACUGUAGUGGUCCUUGGCAAUGGUUUAGGACUGGGCUCCCAAGGCUUUGAGGCGUUUGAAAGCGAUUGGAUAGUUAGAGCAGCAUUGUCAAUAAGAUGGAACAGGAUAUUGCACAUGUCGAGUAUCAAACCUUGUUUUGAAGUCCCAAA